AUGCAGCCCCAGCCUGGUCUCUGGCCCUCCCUCCAUUUCAGCUCGGACAGCCUCAGAGUUGGUCCAAGGAUGUCAAUGAAGCAUGAAGACCUCCAGUCCUUGGAGAGUGAGAAGAAAAGCCAGGGUUCUAGAAAGGGGCUGCCUCCUCCCCCAGCCUUCCUGCAGCAUCUCUGCUCUGGCCCCUGGCCCCUUCUGCUCUCUCUGGGCCUCAUCCUUCUCCUGAUGAUUGGCAUCUGCGUGAUUGGAUCCAAAAAUGCCAAGAUUCAGAGUGAUGUGGAGACCCUGAGAGCAACUUUCAGCAACUUCACUUCCAACUCGAUGGCAGAGGUCCAGGCACUGCACUCCCAGGGUGGCAGUUUGCAAGCAACAAUAACAUCUCUGAAAGCUGUGGUGGCAAACCAGGAGCAGGAACUGCAAGCAGCCCGCAGCCUGAAUGACAAGGUGUUUUCUCUGGAGAGCAAGCUGGAGAGAGAGCAGCAGGAACUCAAAGCAGGUCAUUCUGAAAUGCUCCUGCAAGUCCAGCAACUCGGCAACGGCCUUAACUCCCUGAAUUGUCAGAUGGCUGCGCUCAAGAGCAAUGGCUCUCAAAAUACCUGCUGUCCCACUAACUGGCUGAAGCAUGAAGGCAGCUGCUACUGGUUCUCUGGUACUGGGAAGCCCUGGCCCGAAGCUGAGAGGUACUGCCAGCUGCAGAAUGCCCACCUGGUCGUCAUCAACUCCAGAGAGGAGCAGAUUUUUGUCCAGAAGCACAUAGGCUUCUCAUACACCUGGAUGGGCCUCAGUGAUCCUGAAGGAGCCUGGAAAUGGGUGGAUGGAACAGACUAUGAGACCAACCUCAAGAACUGGAAGCCGGGCCAGCCAGAUGACUGGCAGGGGCACGGGCUGGGUGGAGGUGAGGACUGUGCCCACUUCCACCCGGAUGGCAAAUGGAAUGACGACGUCUGCCUGAGGCUCUACCGCUGGAUCUGUGAGGCCAGCAUUAGCAGGUCCAGAUAGGAGUGUCUUAGAGCUGCUUCCUGUGGACCAUCGAGCCAUGGACAUGGCAGGGAUGGGGGCAAGAUUCUUCCCCAGACACUCCUAACAAGAUCUCUGUGGGAGAGAAAUAAGCCCUGGGAGAUUGGAGCACUGCCAUCAUUUUGAACUUUUUUCUCCUUAACUUUCAAAGAUUAUAUAGAGUUCCUAAGGUGUUUUUAAAAAUUGAAUUUCAGCUUUAUUGAGGUAUAAUUGACAUAUAAAACUUUAAGUUACUUA